CAACAUUUAUAAACAUUUAACUAUAAAACAAUUGAAAAUACUGACGAUCGAUUAGUAAUGCCUGUCGGUGUUUCAUUAAAAAGGGGGCGGAGGUGAACCUGAACCAAACUUUACUGGUUUGUACCAAACGUGAUAAGACUGUAGUUACUGUGAUGUUAUUCAAGUCAUUUGUUGGGAGUGCCUGCACUCUGAUAGGAGCUGCCACAGCUUUUAAAUUCGCACCUGUGGAAGUCAAGGCCCAGGCGGCCGCUCUCCUUCACAGCGCGGUGAGGAAACCUCACCUGGUGAAACAAGCCAACAUGAGGGUCGAGCUUCUGCCUGCCCUCAGUGACAACUAUAUGUAUCUGCUCAUCGAUGAGGACUCCAAAGAAGCAGCGAUUGUUGACCCCGUGGAGCCAAUAAAGGUUGUGGAAGCUGUAAGAAAACAUGGUGUAAAACUAACAACAGUAUUGACCACCCAUCACCACUGGGAUCACGCUGGUGGAAAUGAGAAGAUGGUGAAGCUAAUGCCGGGACUGAAGGUCUGCGGAGGAGAUGACCGAGUCGAUGCCAUUACCAAGAAAGUUUCUCACUCCACCAAUUUCAAGCUUGGAUCCCUUAAUAUCAAAUGCUUGUUCACACCGUGUCACACGACUGGUCACAUCUGCUACUAUGUGACCAAAGAAGGAUGUUCUGAAGCACCUGCUGUUUUCACAGGUGAUACGCUGUUUGUGGCCGGUUGUGGUAAAUUCUUUGAGGGUACAGCAGAGCAGAUGUACAAAGCUUUGAUCGAGAUUUUGGGAAAUCUUCCUCCGGAGACGCGUGUCUACUGCGGUCACGAGUACACCGUCAGCAAUUUGAAGUUUGCGCGUCAUGUGGAGCCACACAAUGAGGUCAUUCAAAAGAAGCUAGCAUGGGCAAAGGAGAAGUGCAACAAUGGAGAGGCAACUAUACCUUCCACUUUGGCUGAUGAGUUUACAUUUAACCCCUUCAUGAGAGUCAAAGAAAAAUCUGUUCAAGACCACGUGAAGAAGACAGACCCAAUCGAAACCAUGAGGAGCCUCAGGAAAGAAAAAGAUGGUUUCCGGGUCCCGAAGGAGUGAAAUCCUGCACUUUGUGAUAAAUCUUUCCAUUUCUCACUACACAGCAAACUAUCUAAUUGUAAAAAAAAAAAAGAAAAACCAAUGAACAUUGAUUUAUACAUUUAUUAUUACGAAAAACAAUAAUAAUACCACUCACUAAUAAGCUUAAACAUUCUGAUUCAGUUUGUAGUGUUUGGUUCUAUGAGAGUUGAAGAGGCGGACUGAAACAAUAGGUGGUCACAAACGGAACGCUUUAAAGGGUCAUUUUAAUUUGUAAAUUCUUAAGAGUCUAUUUUUUUUUAAUAUAUUGACAUACAGUCCUGUGUUUAAAUAAAAGACACAUAAGGAGUCAUUUGUGAAACAAAUCUGUUCUUUUUCUGAGUCAGUUCAUGAAGAAGUUGUGUUUUCUUACUCUGCUGAUUGUCUUCUUCUGACUCUAAAUGUCUCGUCCCUUCUUUUUAUUUUCAUAUUUGCCUCAAAACUGUGUUAAAUUCAGCACUAAAAGUUGUUAACUUGCAUUUUUAUUUAGCAUUAUUAGGAGAGUCUGCUUUAGUGUACUCAUCAGUGUGUCAGCACUACUUUUUACAAAUCCUAAAUGCUUUUAUGCUUUUAAAGAACAAACUUAAAGAAUAUUCCACAAUGUUCUUUGCAAAAGCAAUAAAAAUGUAUUUGUUGAAACAGUGA